UUGCAGAAUUCAUCUGUUAGAAAUAUUGUUUUUGGUUUCAUUUUUAGAAUAAUAAUUAUUUAAGUUGUGAGUAUGGCCAAACAACGUCAAAAUAUCAACAUGAAUCUACUUGAGAGGGAAGAAGCAUUUCAGCAAUUGAAUGAGCAGUUAGAAAAGCAAACUGCGAAGUUGGUUAAAGAAGCAGACGUGGUUAUACAACAGCAAGAAAACUUUUUACAGCACUCCGUAUUUCGAAGUGAAUCUCAAAACCUUGAUUUGAGAAAUAGCGCAGAUAUUUCAGAAGAUGUCGAUAUCGUUGAUGUGUUGAAUGUUGAUACAAAUAAUCUGCUAUCUGUUGCCGCUGCUGGAUUACAAGAUAGUUUUUCUGACGAGGAUAAAAAUUAUGUUGACGAAAGGCUUCAUAGAUUAAAACUUGAACAACCGCUCGAUCGUUUGACAAAAAAGAACAGAAUUAGUAAAAAUGAAACUCCACGGGAAAGUAGUAACCAAUCCGAGGUUAAUGAUGUUUUAUCAGCAGCAACUGAAAAAAUGGGGAGUGAAGCACAAAUACGUUUCCUGAAAGCCAAACUUAGGGUUAUGCAGGAACAAGUGGAUCAACUGACCACGCAGGUCUCAAGUUUAUUAGAUGAGCAGCAGACGUAUAAAACAUCGACGAAAGAAUCCAACGAAGAACUAGAACGGUUAAAAAAGAAUUUGAACCAUCAACAAAACCAAACUACAAAGUGGAAAUCUGCGUUUGAAGCUGAAAAAGGAAACACUGAACGUAAAACAAACCAACUUCAAAGCGCUUCAAAGGAAUUAGACAAACAAAAUCGAGAAAUAAAGCAAUCAGCGACAUCGUACAACGCAUUAGAAGUAAGAUUUAAUCGAGUUCUUGAAGAUUUCAACAAAGUUAAAUCCCAGCUGCAAAAACAGCAGCAUUCAGGGAAACAAAUUGUAGAACAAGACCAACAAAAACUGGAUCACUUAAAAAAUGAGAAUAAGCAGCUCAACCGAAUUAAUGUCGAUUCACUCAAUGUGAUAAAAAAACAGCAAAAAUUAAUCGGGGUAUUGAAAAGACAGAUAUUACAUGUUGAAGCCGCUAAACUGUUGUCUUUCACAGAAGAUGAGUUUGUAAAAGCUUUAGAUUGGGGAAAAAACUAACAGCUGUCAUGCCUCAUGCCCAUUGGCGCCGCCAGGGGGGUUUAGGGUGUCGCGACCCCUUUUAAUAACAAAAAAAAUUAAAAAAAAGAAAAUUUAAAAUUUUUUGCUUAAAACCCUCCCCCCCCCCUUAUUUUUUUCUAGCUGCGCCACUGCUCAUGCCUAUAAAAAUAUUUCAUUUUUAAGUAGCAAAUUAUAUAUAUAUAUAUAUUUUUUUUUAUCAGUUUAUGGAAUUGUUUCAUGUUACUUGUGUUUUCCGCUUUCUGUAAUUCAAGGUAAUAAAGAUAU